AUGUCUUCCUACUAUGACUCCAGCGAAGUGGCUUCGCCGAUCGAUCAACACGGACACUACAGCGACCUGGUUCUAGAGGGACUCACACUCGUCAACGAAGGCAACGUGCACCAGCGUUUCCCUACCGAGGCACCCAGCUACGGCAUCGUGAUGCCCAACAUGUCGACCUUAUUCGUUAUCGUCGACAAGCCCGACGAGCUGAGCAUGUGUGGGAUCAAGGAGGGCGACGGGGAAGAGUACUGCUCUUGCAUUCCUCGCAAUCCUGAUCCCAGGCGGUGUCGCCACCUGUGGGCCAUGGAAUUCUUCCUCGAGCGCCAACGACGCUCUCCCCAGCCCAACCUCGAAGUGCGAUACCCAGGUGUCCGUAGUCCAAUCCGCCGUGCCAACACCACUCCGCUCCAGAUCGAUCCACUGGCCGAUCCCGAAGGUCUCUGUAUCUUUCUUCUCCUCGCCAAGAGCACUGUAUGGCUCGACCUCUUCGAUCGGUUCACGAGCACCUCACCCCUCUUCUACGCCCUGCGUGACUUCUUCAAGAACGUAAGCGUUGGUAAACACGUCGACUACCAAGCUAUCUCGAGCGCGUACAAAGGCCACCCGUUGCUCAGCGGCCAACUGUAUCAGUAUGAUGCGGGUGACGUGCUCCACUCCAUGUUGGAACACUUUGACUUCCUCACCAAGCAAGACCAUUUCACCCAUCUCUUCAAGUGGACAGCCCAAGUCACCGCUACUUGCGACAACUGCAAGGCGGGCCACACGAAUCCAGACGAGAAGGUUGGAUGGAAGAAGCUCGCGAUCCCGCGAACACGCAGCUCCAGCACCAUGGCCAGCAUCUUCGAUCUCGUCCAGUCCUCUGAAGUCGCGUACAAACGUAUGCGGUGCAAUGGGUGCGGGUACGACACCUUCCACAACAUCACCCAGUCCCAGACCUCGUGCGGCAAACUCCUCCUCAUCGAAGUCAUCCCCAUUCUGCGACCAGAGCCAGUCAAGCCGUUCUCCAUUCCACCCUCGGUGACCGACUCGCACGGCGUCCACUGGGAGCUGGUGGGGUUCCUCUGUAACGCCAGCGGCAGCAUUGAGGGCAACUAUACUGCCGUCAUCUACCACAUGGGAAGACUGGUCGAGUUCAACGGGCAUCACGAGACGCCCUGGACGUUCCGCGGACAGCCGUCACUCCGCCCAGUCCUGAUACUCUACCAGCAGGCAGCUGAGGGCCAGAGUCCACACACUCUACCCCCCGAGGACGACUGGGCGUCGAACCUCAGCAGCAGCACUGAUACGCUGGUGAAUGAGCGGCGUAGGAGUGUCUGA